GAUUCAGACUUCGCGUUGGACUCGGAUGGCGCGACUCUGCUUGUCGGGUUACCCAAUUUUGGCGCGAUGUCGGAUUCAAACGUCGAGCCACUUUCGUGCUAAAUGUCGAAAUUUAUUUAUUUAUUGAGUCAAUACGACGAGCGAAAGGGUUGGAAAUGGGCCUCAUCUCCAUUGACAUGUCAACAUUAAGCUUUUGGGGAAAAAAAAAUUCACUAUCAAAUGGGUUUUGAAUCGCAACGUAAUUAUCAACAAAUGCCCUCUUCCUUUUUUUGUUUUUUGUUUUUGCAAAGUGAGAAUUAAAAGGAAAGGGAAAGAGCGGAAUUAGUUGCUUGAGCAAUAGAAAAACAUGCAAAAGUGCAUACUUAUGAGGAUUUAUUUUAAACUGGGUUAAGAAUAAGUACGCUCUGAAUUUCAUGCACAUCCCGGCUUUAAAACAUCAGUAAAGUUGAACAUGAAUUAAUAAAUUCUCUAAAUUAACACCAACAUCGAUAAAACAGUAGAAAAUGAAUACAAGGCUUUGAUGCUAUACUCCAGUUUAACACCGAGCUACAAAUUGCCCAUUUAAUGACUUCCUCUCAGAAUAUGGUUGCAAUUUCCAUAGCGCAAAUUGUCUUUAUGUUUGCGACGGUUUUUUCCGAGUUUAAAUCAAGAUCAUCCCGAGUAAAAAACGUUAUUUCAGUUAAAAAAGUAAUUUCAGUGGCUUCGUGGAAACUUUCUGUAGGAAUAUAGCGUGUUCUUUUUUUCCCAUCUUCACCACCAUUUUUAACCCAAACGCGAAUGUCUGAGCUAAUGCGUUUUUUAAAUUUGCUUACGGUAAUGUAUUUCACUCAUUAAGGUAAAGUGUUCCUGCUUUCUACAAUUGCUCCCGAGGAAGAGCGAGUUGCCACUUAACCUCUCCAAUAGACACGACGUUACCAUGCCAACGUUAGGCCGGAGCUGGAUGAUAGAAAACACCUGUAAUUUUUUGGUAUUUUUUUUUCCUGGCUCUGAAAUUAAAUAUAUGUCAACUGAACAGUUCACCACAUAUAUGUCAAAUUUUCUUUCAUUAAGAUCCUUGAAACCUCUUCAUCAAAGUAUUGAUUCCGAUAUAUAUAUGCACUACCUUGACGAUACACUUCUUUUCCGCCAAAGACAUCUUUGAUUCUUUCAGAUGAAUCAAGUAUUUUGCAAUUAAAAUUCGGAAAGCACUGAGGAUACAGUUUUCCAGCGAAGCACCUGCGUAGCUUGCUGUUAAUUCCGGCAGAUACGAAAUUGAUGUUCGAUGCGUUGAAGUUUGAUCGCUGACUGGGAUCGCGUAUCAGGGAACGUUAUGUCAGCAUAGUGUAUUUACAUUACAUUAACAUCAAGUGAUGGCGCAUUUAUACUCAGGGCGGCAAAUUCGUGCCUCAAGGCCGGCGAAACAGGAAGCCGAAUUCCAGUCUUAUCCGAGAAGUUUCCCGCAAUUUGAUCUAAACAGCCGAGCGGUAAAAUUACCGCCAAUUAUAAAAAAUGAACUUCUCGUUGGUCGAAGCAUAGGAAAUUCGUCAACGAUUUCUACGACAUCAAACACAAACGGGAAUACAUCUUUCCCAAAAAUUCUCAAGGCUCAGAAUUCGAAAACCACGAAUGGAACAGUACCACGACCACAGAAAACGAAGAGUCCUCGCCUUACAGUAAAACACGUAGAGAAAGCACCGACCAAUUAUCCGAAUUCUUACAAAGUUCUUCCUCCUAUUGGACAGACAAAUGUGUGGCAUACUUCUCGGAGUAUCUUAAAAUCCGACCAAGACAAAAUAAACGGUCCGAGGAGAAGUUCAUUACAGAGAAAACGCUCAGACAGCGGACUGUCUCCUUCAUCGAAAACUAGACUCGCCGAAAACCAACGGAUUACAGCGAGAAAUAACGCUACAAGACAAGACCAUGGUAACGACACACAAGGAACGUUCGAGAGUCGAAUCGAACGGCCUACUAUGGAAACGUUUGGUGCAGUUCCUGAAAAACAGGGGGAUCAUUAUAAUCACGAGGAGACAUUGCCGAGCGUUUCUAACGAAGAUGUUGAAGUUACAUCGUGUGAGGUUGUGCAUGAAUUGGAAAGACUAGAGCUGAGUAAAGAGGCUGUUGAAUUCCUGGCAAGUAAGCAAAGCGCUCGGCGAGUUGCACUGUGUGUCGAGAUUGAUCCAUCGUUGAAAAAAGCUGUCGAUAUAAUUCGAGAUAAUUUACUUCGCCAAACAAUGGAGGAACUCUGCAUGUUAUGGUGAAAAUGUUCAAAGCCAAAAAAAUUGUAAAUAGAUUUACCAGCAGGAAUUCUGCUGUUGGAUUGACGAAGUUAAAUGGGUGAGAUGUUUUUGGAAAUUAAAAGAAAAAAAUAAAUCAGUUUUGUUAUGAACUGACCUAAAUAAUGACACUUAGCUUUUUUAUUUACGUGAAGGAUAAUUUGUUGGUCUUGUUUUCCAUUAAAAUGUUUACCUCCGGUCCCUGUA